UUACAUGUGAGUUUUUAGGGGAGCUUGAGUUGUUCUGCCUGACACUAUCCAUCCAGCAUUACCCAGGGAUGUCUGCAGAAAAACGUGCACCUUCCGUGGUCUCUUGCAACCUGGAGUCUUCCAUCUGCAGAGACUGGGUAAGGCAUGGCCAGACAUGCGAAGGAAGUUCUACUGAUGAAUCCGAGGAGUUGGAACCUGAGCCUCCGCCGGCAGCUGUGCGGAGAAAGGUCUCUUUUGCAGAUGCUUUCGGCUUGGACCUGGUUUCGGUAAAGGAGUAUGAUCGACAAGAUUCAAAAGGGCAAGUUUUGUUGGGGUCAGUAGGGACAGAGAGCAGACAGGGUGAGGAAUAUUAUAUAUCCUGCCUUUUCACUGUCCCAGCUUCGGACCAGGAGCUGGAGAUGAGACUUCAGCAGCAGAAGCUUGAGUUAGACAGCAUUGAGCUGCUCCCUGGAUCCACAAUCCUCCGAGGCAUCAUCCGUGUUCUCAACCUUUGCUUUCACAAGGCUGUCUACGUCCGUACAACACUGGAUGGUUGGCAGAGCUACUUUGACCUGCAGGCAGAGUACAUGCCUGGCUCCAGUGAUGGUGAGACUGACCACUUCACCUUUCAGCUCAUGUUGAUGCCUCCGUUCCAGGCCAAAGGGAUGCGGGUGGAGUUUUGUCUGCGGUAUGAGAGUGCCGUUGGGACCUUUUGGGCCAACAAUGGAAAUACAAACUACAUUGUUUUCUGCCACCAAAGACGAAGGGGUGAUCUGAAAGAAAAAGAGAAAGAGAGAGAAAGAGAGAGAGAAAAGGAGAAGGUUGUAGAGGAGAGUAACUGCAAAGGUAUCAGGAGCUGCCUGAAAACAAUCAGUAAAAAGAUCUGCACCGAGGCGACGCACGUAGAGGCGAGUGGGCAGAUCACAGAGCAAGUCACACCCAGGGCUGGGUGUAGAAGGGCGAGCACAACAAAGGAAGAGACAGGAAUUACUUACCCCAAAUCCCUAAAGAAUUGCUGCAAAACUCUGGACUACUUCUCUCAGAAAGAGAUAGAAACCAUCUACCAACCAUCAACCUUGUCCAUCCCAAGACUGAAUAUACCAAGAGGAAGAGACUUGUCGAUACUCCAAACACUACAAGGACACAGUAUGGACACACCGCCAAUACUAAUGUACCACCAGAUCCCUUUUCUUUCUCUGAACUGGGGUAGUAACACAACAACACCCGCCGAAGCAAACUCUUCUUAUGUUUGCAAUGGUACAAGCCCAGAAAAUCAUCCAGUUGACAAUAAGUUAGCCAAUUCGGCUUGUGAUGCCUGGGAAGCAUUUCUCAGUGGCUCUGACACAACACCCAAACACAUUGAGGCACAGGACCAACACUGUAUUUCUAAUGAGUCUGUUUGCUCUCACUUUGGCACAUCACAAUCAGUCUCAAACAUGAAUGAAGGGGCUGGGAAAUAUACAUCUCUAUCUGUGACCACUAGUAAGCAAGAAUCUGUUUACUGGAGAGCAGAGGAAAUUCUAGAAUCUGUUCCCACUGAGCAAUUAAAUGACUUGAGCACCGGUCCUUUUAGAGAGCUGGUUCUGGGUUACCAACAUGUGGAAGAGCCAAGAGUCCCUCCUGUGACAUUUUCUGCUCAGGGAUCAGAAACAAAGAGGAUGGCGAGAGAGUUAGAGCGGUCUGGUGACCACCAAACCCCACAUCACGAGCACACAAGCGGACCUUUGAGCCAAGAACUGAGCCCAGGGGAGGCAGUACCAAGCACAUUUGACACCGAGACUUCAAAUUCCAAAGCCAGUGAUGGAAUCUCGCCUGAAGAAUUCACUGGCCAUUUUGACAACUCAAACACUGAAGAAAAGGUUAAAGAAAACACACAUAGAGCCAUGAACGAUGCCCUGACAUUUACUGGGAUCAUAGAUGUUCCGUUUGCAGAUAGACACAUAGUUGGAUCUUCGAAAAAGAAAGAAAGAAAUAAAGAGAGAAGGCUAGAUAUGGUUACUAACAACGUGGGUGAGGAAAAAGACACUAAAGAGCAGGUGGAAACAUGGGUGUUUUAUACAGAGCUAUGUGAAGAGGAAGUGGAAAGCACCAGAAAAGGACAAGAUGACAAAUCUGUAGAUGAGCGCACAGAAAUAAAAAGGAUUUCAUUUUGCAAUGAGAACGAAUUAUGCACGUUGAACAAGAAUCAUAAAGAAAAUUCAGAGCUAAAGAAAGAUGACAAGAGGCAAUUGGAAGCUGCAAAUAAAGGACUUUACCAAUUGGAGGAGACAAUGAGCGAUAAAGAGGACGAAAUUUAUUCAGAAACCAAACAAAAGCAUGUAAAGGAGUCCAAAGUGUUAGGUGAGAAUCAAACAGAUGGAGAAGGGGGUGAUGAUGAUGAUUUCAAGACAAGUCAUCAGCCUCAUGAUACCAAAAACAGGCAUAAUAAAACACCCAACCAAACAGUUGGCAUUGACCAAUCUGAGCACCUCAAUUGGACCACAUCUGUAAAGGAGAAAGAGGCAAGCCCUCUUAAAGAUGUAUUUGAAUUUGGAAGUACUCUCAGAAACAGGGUGGCUCAAGAACCCUUGGACGAAGAAGAUGAACCUCUCAUUACGUUGCCCAGAGUUCAUCUGUCCUGGGUGGGUAGCACAGACAAUAUGGGAGGCAACAGCAGGCUACUGCCAUGGUGGCAAGAGUUCUGCUCUCUUGGUCAUGUGACCAGGGCUCUUGUGUACGUCAUUCUGUUUGUGAUCUUUGUAACUGCUUAUCUGUAUGGCCUACAAACCUGCUUGGCCCUCUAUCUGUUUCCUCUGUGCUGGUGGAGUGGCAAAGGCAUUUAACAGCGUCUGGACGGGGCUGUUGGUGUGAAAUUAGAUUAGACAUAAACUUCUCAUCAAAUUAUGUCAAAUGAAGUGAUUUUUAGGGCCCAUCAUCAGUUGGAAAAAUAUAAAAUAGGCGUUUUUGUGUUUGUACUUGUCAUUUGUGUUCACACUUAAAAUAAACUCAAGUUCAGUCAGCGUUAAUAAAUAGCCCCAUGAAUGAAGACCCAUUUGAAGCAAAUCUUUCAAAAUUGCUUUUAGAUUACUUUCAAUUUGACAGACGCUUUCUCCUAAAAUCUUUUUAGGAAGACAUGCAAAAAAAUGCAGCAAUGACCAGUUUAAUACAUGUACAAACAAGCUAUAUGAAAAGACAACAUGUUGUAUAUGUGCAAUUCCCCGCUCUAAAAUCCAGCUUAAGCUGGUAGCUGUGUUUUGGAACAUGGUAGCUGGUUUCUAGCUGGUCCAUACUGGUCAUGAGCUGGUCCAAGCUGGUCUUUAUCUAGUCGAAGCUGGUCAAAACAAGUCAUGAGCUGAUCCAAGCUGGUCUUUAGCUGGUCCAAACUGGUUAUAAGGUGGUCCAAGCUGGUCCAAACUGGUCAUGAGCUGGUUCCAGCUGGUCCAAGCUGGUCCAAGCUGGUCCAAACUGGGAGGCCAUCUCAGACUGGCUACCAGCUGGUCAUACCAACUUAAGGUGGUCAAGUUGGUUUUUGCAGCAUUGUAGCUGGUUGACCAAUUAAAGACCAGUUUGGACCAGCUGAAGACUAGCUCAUGACCAGCUAGAAACCAGCUACCUUUUUCCAAAACACAGUUACCAGCUUAAAUUGGAUUUUUCUGCAGAGAUUUCAAAAUUUUAGCGAACAAAAGUGUAACUAUCUCACAUCACUAGUAACAUGAAUAUGUCCAUAGAGGUCAGUGAACACAUGGCCGUAGAGCCCUAUUGAAGCCAUUUUAAUGAGAGUCUAUGACAGAAAGCUGUAAAAUUAGAUUUCAGGGGAGUAAUGGUCCAUUCAAGUCCUCCUGGGAAGUUCGUAAUUACGAGGUCGGAUAUCGUUAAUACGAUGUGAUCUAGUUCAAGUGUUAUGGUUGGAAGGAAUCGACCGUUUUGCAGUUUCUUUCUCUCUUUUUUACUUACUAGCGAAGGCAGGAAGCUUUUAUAGCACCAGUGCAAAAUGAAGAGCAAAGCCACACAUUAGGUGUGUAAUUAAUGCUUUAUCUACAUAUCUAUUUUAUCAUUCUUGUGCGGCCACAUACAAUGAUGGGAAAUCUAGUUUUAUUGCAAACACUUGUCGCUGCAUUAACCAGCUUAAACAAGUCUUAUUUUCUGGCAAAUUGUAUCGUUAUUCUUCAUUAACAGUACAAAAAAUGCAUUCAAACUAAACUGCAGACAGUCAAAAUCCUAAAGUAAAACUGAUUUAUCACCAAUAACGAUUUGCUUCCGCAAUGAUUCUUAAAUUGUCAUGCUCACAACUCGUAAAGUCAGGGCUAACUUUCAUAAUUGGAUAUUUUGCCUAUUUUGUUGGAAAGACAGUUUCAAGCUAAGUCAUUUAUUUUCUUUAAGAAAUGUCAUUUUUUGAGCAGUUUGUGAGAGCAACCAAAAAAACCUUAGUAUUGUAGAUAAACUGAAUUCUGAUUUUGUCAAAACAAAAAUACAAAAAAGAAAACACUCUGGCCUAGGUAGCUACACAUAAACAAUGUGUUAAAUGUACAACAGAAAAUGUACGUGGCGUAUUUGUGCCAAGGUAUGCUGAAUGUGCUCACAUUGGCAGUGAGGACACGGAGAGAAUCAUGUGUCUCAUUGGGGACGUGUGUGAUGGACGUGACAUUUCCUGUCAAUCCUACUAUGUGCAUGGCACUGAAGAGAGAGAGAGAGAGAGAGAGAGAGAGAGAGAGAGAGAGAGAGAGAUAGACAGAGAGAGAGAGAGAGAGAGAGAGAGAGAGAGAUAGAGAGAGAGAGAGAGAGAGAGAGAAAGAGUGGAGAUAGGACAGGGCUUCUGUGACCAUAAUUCAUACCUGAAACCUUACACUGAUUUACUUAAAAAACAAAACAGAA